CAAUAACGUCCGCUUAUCCCCUCAACCAAAUGGGUCUCCUCUGUCAGAAGAAGAUGAAGCAAGGACUUCUACUAUGGAGGAAUCCUUGCCAACACUCUCUCUCCCUACCUCCCCUUCCUUUUCCAAACCCCACAACAAAACGCCCCAUUCUAGUCAUCUCCGCCAACACCCAGCAGGAGCUCACGGCGAGGGAGAGGAGGCGGCUCAGGAACGAGAGGAGAGAGAGCAAAGGCACCACCAAUUGGAGAGAGCAAGUUGAGGAGAGGCUCAUCAAGAAGCCCAAGAAGAGGUACGCCUCUUGGAUUGAUGAGCUCAACCUCAAUAACCUCGCUGAGUUGGGUCCCCAGUGGUGGGUUGUUCGGGUCUCCCGGAUAAAGGUCCAUGAGGCCGCCGAACUCCUCGCUCGCUCACUGGCUAAGAACUACCCGGACAUUGAUUUCAAGGUCUAUGCUCCAGCCAUCCAUGUGAAGAGGAAAUUGAAGAAUGGUUCUCACUCAGUCACAUCAAAGGCCGUGUUUCGUGGGUGUGUUUUUUUAAGAUGUGUACUGAAUAAAGAGAUACAUGACUUCAUAUUAGAGUGCGAUGGAGUUGGGGGUUUUGUUGGUUCCAAAGUCGGAAAUACGAAAAAACAGAUCAACAAACCUAGGCCAGUAUCUGUUGUUGAUAUGGAAGCGAUCUUUAGACAGGCAAAAGAGGAACAAGAAAAAACUGACCGAGCUUUUGAGGAAGACCAGCAAAAAGGAAACCUCAACUCGGAGAUGCUCAGUGUUGACUCUCAGUUAGAUCCCAAUGAUGAAACAAAAUCUGUUAUGGAUUUGAAGCCAAAAAGGAAAUCCAGAAAAGCUUCUGAUCCUCUCACAGAUGGUUCAUCUACAGCGAAGGAUUAUAAGCUCCUUGUCCCAGGUUCAACUGUUCGAGUUAUAUCUGGAACUCUUGCAGAAUUUGUAGGCAACCUUAAGAAGAUGAAUCGCAAAACUGGAAAGGCAACUGUGGGGUUCACACUAUUUGGGAAGGAAAGUUUGGUAGAUCUAGAUGUCAAUGAUAUUAUUGCAGAGACUAACUAAUGUAAAUAAUGUCUUUCCUUAUGAUCAUCAUGGAAAGGAAAAUUGUUACAUGUUAUUGGAGCAGGCUACUAUUGGUUGAAUGAAUCCAUACUGAGGGCAAUUUACGAAAAGCCUUCAGGUUUUGUUAAAAAGCUAACUAUAUUGUAUACUGAAAUCUUUUACGAAAAACUGCCUGGGCAGGCUGAGGCUAAAUCUGUUGUGAGUCAGUGUUUCUGGCUUUCUAUGCUCUAGCCUGACAUUGAGCAAGGAUGCAGCUCUGUUAUUAUAAACAAUGGACAUACCUCAGAUUUAAAUGCAAAACAAAAAAACUCUCAGGUUGGAAAA